GAACCAGGAGCCGAUCUGCACAUCAUUUUGAAGCUACAAGGCUUAUCUUUCUAACGGAUUCAUCCUUGCCUCAAUUGAUUACGUUUAACAAGAGUUAUUACUGUUUUUCUGCGACAAGCACGUCCUGGCUGUAGCCCAAAGAUGCAUGUCUGCGGCUAUCAGAUCAGCCACCUUUGUGACCGAUUUUUACGUCCAUCGUCGUUUCCAGGACGAUUCCACCAACAUUCUGUUACAGGAAAACCUGCUAUUCAUAAGAACAAUCCAAAUCUCUAAUUAUCAUUCAAAACCAAACAAUCAAUCGAUGUUCAUAAAACACCAAAUGAUUCAGCUAGCUCUCGAUGUGAGAGAAAUCUAGCACUUACAAGGUUCUAGAGAAUUCUGAAGAUUACAGAUUAUUCGAUAAUGAAAGCAUGAGCAUAACAUGUUGCUCUUAUACAAAAAGGUAAAGAAAGUAAACGUUAACCACGUUAAUAACGAUCGCCGUUAACGUCCAUUUGUAUUGCCAGCUCGCCAGCUCACAACACGUACUUUGCUUAACAUCCCUGACUUCACAUUGCCAGCUCGCCAGAUCACCAGCUCACCACGUGAAUCCUGUAUCACAUUCCCAUAGGCUUCACGUCUUCACCUCGUCACCGAUGUGCAGAUCGGCUCCUGGUUCCUUUUAGAUCGCCGGGAAAUCGAUCUGACCUACUCUCACGUCUUCACCUCGUCAAGAGUAGACUUUUUUAUUUAACACUACACUUGGAAGACUUUCUUACCUACUCUCACUAUCGACCCGAUUCUUCAGAACCGGGUUUUGGAUUCAAUUUCGGAUAACCCCUAAAUUGGUACGCCAAUUCUCAGUCACUCAGAAUAAAAAAAAGGCUCACCUUUGUCCACGAAUCGCAAGUGAGUCAUAGAAAAACCGAAGCUUUUGACUGAUCUCAGUCACUUUAGUCUCCCUGCUCACGACCCUUCUCGUCUACUUAGGGUUAUCUCCAUUUGCCCCUCUUCCUGUCAACUUUCAGACACGAAAACUGAUGGGUGUGAUCAAUGUUCAGGGCUCUCCAUCGUUCUCUAUUCAUUCUUCAGAGUCAAAUCUUCGAAAGUCUCGAGCUUUGAAGAAACCCUUUUGCUCAAUCCGGAAUAGGGUUUAUUGUGCUCAGUCUUCAAGUGCAGCUGUAGACGAAUCCAAGAAUAUAACUAUGGGAGACUCUUUUAUCCGUCCACAUUUGAGACAAUUGGCUGCUUAUCAGCCAAUUUUACCCUUUGAGGUAUUGUCUGCUCAAUUAGGAAGAAAGCCUGAGGAUAUUGUCAAGUUAGAUGCUAAUGAGAACCCAUAUGGUCCUCCUCCAGAGGUUUUUGAAGCAUUAGGCAAUAUGAAAUUCCCUUACGUUUAUCCUGAUCCACAAAGUCGUAGACUUCGUGAUGCACUGGCUCAAGACUCUGGUUUGGAGUCUGAAUACAUACUUGUAGGCUGUGGUGCUGACGAACUUAUUGAUUUGAUCAUGAGAUGCGUGUUAGAUCCUGGGGAGAAGAUUAUAGAUUGUCCUCCAACUUUCUCAAUGUAUGUGUUUGAUGCGGCUGUGAAUGGAGCAGGUGUCAUUAAAGUUCCAAGAAACCCCGAUUUCAGCUUGAAUGUAGACCGCAUCGCUGAAGUUGUAGAACUAGAAAAACCCAAAUGCAUAUUCCUAACUUCUCCCAACAAUCCAGAUGGGAGUAUCAUCAGCGAGGACGAUCUGUUGAAGAUUCUAGAAAUGCCAAUACUUGUUGUUCUAGAUGAAGCUUACAUCGAAUUCUCAGGAGUUGAAUCACGCAUGAAAUGGGUGAAGAAGUAUGAAAACCUUAUCGUUCUCCGCACAUUUAGCAAACGAGCUGGUUUAGCCGGGCUUCGAGUUGGAUAUGGAGCGUUUCCGUUGAGUAUAAUCGAAUACCUGUGGAGAGCAAAGCAACCGUACAAUGUCUCUGUUGCAGGGGAAGUAGCUGCUUUAGCAGCACUCUCAAACGGGAAAUACUUGGAAGAUGUGAGAGACGCCUUGGUACGGGAAAGAGAGAGACUGUUCGGGCUAUUAAAAGAAGUUCCUUUCUUGAAUCCAUAUCCGAGCUAUUCGAAUUUCAUUCUCUGUGAGGUUACAUCUGGAAUGGAUGCAAAGAAGCUGAAAGAGGAUUUGGCGAAAAUGGGUGUGAUGGUUCGUCAUUACAACAGUCAAGAGCUUAAAGGUUAUGUUCGAGUUUCUGCUGGAAAGCCUGAACAUACUGAUGUUCUCAUGGAGUGUCUUAAGCAAUUUUAUUGACUUCCCCAUUUGUUUGGGAAUUCUUAAAACAGCCACACAAAAAUAAAAUUGAUUUUUUUUCCCUCCUUUUUUGUUUGUUUUCACUUGUUGGAUUCAGUGUUUGACCAAAAAAAAAAGGAUUCAUUGUUUUUGUUUCAGUUAACAAGGAGAAGCUUUUGUUGUAUUGUACUUUU